UUCAUGCUUAUAAUUUGUAACUUAAACACAAUUGAUAUUGUAAAAUGUAUGUUGUUUUAAUCUGUGAAAUUAUAAAAAGUACUAACAGUAUGAAAAGUUCAAAAUUACAGGAUAAAAUUAUUAGUUGAAAUUCAGGUAGGAUUUAAAUAGACGUGUUUAAUUAUAAUUGGGGCAGGAAGAAUCAGGAAGUGUGCGGUACCAGACGUGAACUACCGGCAAAAUGAUUGUGGUGAAAAUAAGAACAGAUACCAGAAUGGCUGCCGUUAUAUUUUGUAAAAAACACAGAGAAGGAAUACAGGUGUAAUUUAUGCGAAAAUCUCAUUAUAACAGAUAAAAAAUCACUAGAACUAUUGGAACACAUUAAAAGUCUUCAUAAAGAAGUGUACGAUCUCCACAAAGACAAUCCGGAGUCAACAGUCGGUUUUCAAAUUGAAUUUCUACAAUUUAGUAUGUUAAAAGAUGAUAAAACUCAGCCUGUGAUACUAGAGGAGGUUUGUGAGGAAGCAACGGAUGAAAUAGUUAAAACUGAGAAGUCGGAUAGGGAUCAACUAUUAGGGAUGCAGUAUGUCCUUGUACCGAGAAAGAAAAAAAUUAAACGAAGUUAUGAAUUUAGUCGAAAACGUAGCUGGGUGUGGAAAUAUUUUGAACGUUUAACGAGCAUUAUUUAUCGUUGCAAUCUUUGUAACGUAGUGUUAUCAAUAAAGGGUUGCAACACCAACAACAUGAACAGGCAUGUUAGAACGAGACACCCCAGCAUAUACAAGUCUGAAGUGGAAAAGAAGAAGGACUUGACGGAAAUAGAUCAGCUCGACGUGAGCUGGAAGAAAGACGAAGAAAGUGAUAAGGAUCUUGAUGAAUCUCUUGGAGAGUCUAACGAUAUGAUAAAGCAGCGUCGUAGCUGGAUAUGGUCAUACUUCCGUCGUGUUUCCAACACCCUCGCCCAGUGCAAGCUCUGCAACCGAAACAUCUGUCACGGCGGUAACGCCACCGGCAACAUGAACCGACAUCUCAAGAUGAUCCACAAUAAGACUGCUGAUGACAAUAAUUGGGUUUGGAAAGUAUUCGAGAACGCUGAGGACGACUUCUUCUCGUGUAAGAUAUGUCAAUACAAAUGUAUGAAAUUCGAUGACGUCGAAAAAAGUACUAAAUGCAUUUUACUCCACCUUAAAAACGAACACGGCGUGGUUUCCGGAGACCAGAUCAUCACGGGCACGGAGUAUGAAGUGGAAAAUGCUGAAUGAUGAUGAUGAAUUGUUAUAUCAAUUUAGACUUUAAUUCAAUGGCGAUAAGGUUUUAUUUGUUUCGUUUACGUUUCAAACGCUAUCGUACCUUUUCAUACUGCUCAAUGUUUCCUCAGUGUGAGUGUGAGUUCCGUUUCGCAUUCAUUGUCAAUUCGACUAUAAUGCUGCGGACACACUGCACUAAUAAAAUCGAACCAAGUUACUAGCGUACUUAGUUCGAAGAAAUUGUGCGUCAAAUAAAAUAAAAAAGGUAUGAUCGUGAUUAGAAAUCGACACAGAUAUAUAUAGUAGUUAUUAUUUUUAAUAUACUUUCAUCGGAACUUUAAACGGCGAGGUAUCUCUCUGUUUAGCACUUGAAAUAUUAUUUAAGUUGUUUUAUUUUAAAUAUAUUAAAAGUAUAGUUUUAUAUAAUUAUAUAAUAAGAUCAAAAUGUAAGCGUCCUUAUUCUCUGCGCAAUAAAGGUGAUUUUUAGUGUUCAUAUCUAAUGAAUUCGGUGCACACUGUAACAUAAUGGGUUAUUGGAGGAGAAAUUUUGAAAAUAAAAACUAUUUUAAGUUUGA